GACUGGCGCAUGCGCGUUGUGGGGAGUGUGCGUGCCGACGUCGCCGUGCGUUGUGACGUCGCCCCGCCGCCCUUAGAGGAGCCUGUGUGAGUGCCUAUGUGGGGGUCUCUUUGGCCGGAGGAGGAGGAGGAAGAGCAACGGGCCGCGGCGUGGCGGGGAUCUGAAGCUGCCUGAUAAAGCGGAGGAAUCUCAAGGAACCCAGAGAGAACCAGCCUUUUGCAUCUGUGAAGCCUGCCUUUCCAUGCCAUCCUGUUUGCCUACUAACAGGGAGACCAGCGUUUUGGUUUGUGCCCUUCUGCAGAACCCCAAGACUUGAAGUUGAAAACAUGUGAGGGGUUUCCCCACCCCUGCGCUUCCCUUGACUCUUGCUGUGGGCAAAUUGUCACGAAGCCCUAAGACACCAGGCACCAUGAUGUUCCGGGACCAGGUGGGCAUCCUGACAGGAUGGUUCAAAGGCUGGAAUGAAUGCGAGCAGACGGUGGCCCUGCUCUCCCUCCUCAAGCGCAUCUCUCGCACCCAAGCCCGCUUUCUGCAGCUGUGCCUGGAGCACUCACUGGCAGACUGCACCGAGAUCCAUGUCCUGGAGUCCGAGGCCAACAACGCAGCUGUCAUCAGCCAGUGGCACCAAGAGCCAAAGGAAAAAGUGGUUUCCCUGCUCCUCUCCCACCUACCCCUUCUCCAGCCAGGCAAUGCAGACGCCAAGUCGGAGUACAUGAAGCUCUUGCAGAAGGUGCUGGCCUACUCCAUUGAGAGCAAUGGCUUCAUCGAGGAGAGCAGGCAGCUCCUCUCCUAUGCCCUCAUCCACCCAGCAACCACGCUGGACGACCGCAACUCCCUGGCCCUCUGGCUCAACCACCUCGAGGAGCAUUUCUCUGGCAACUACUCCAGCCAAGGCAGGGGGAGGCCCGACACAGCCUAUCACUCGCGCCAAGGCUCCGAUGAAUGGCCGGGGCCGGCAGACACGGGCCUGGGAGAACUGGGCCACGGCUGGCAGGAGAAGCCGCCCAGGGAAAAUGGGCACAUGUCCUUCCACCCCUCGGGCUCUGUGCCGUCAGCCAUCAACAGUAUCGGGAGCAGCACAAACACAGCAUUCCCCUGCCAAAUCCACCCCAGCCCCCUGAAGCGCUCCAUGUCCCUCAUCCCCACCAGCCAGCAGGUCCCCGGCGAGUGGAUGAGCGUGGAGGAGAUGGGCCCCCGGCCGGCCUUCAUCUCUGGUGGAGAGCACGCGCCCCUCUCACCCCAGAGCAGCGUGGCCUCUUCCGGCAGCGAACAGACAGAGGAGCAGCCCGGGAGUCGCAACACCUUUCAGGAGGAUGGCAGUGGCAUGAAAGAUGUCCCUUCCUGGCUGAAGAGCCUUCGCCUCCACAAAUAUGCAGCUCUCUUCUCCCAAAUGACCUAUGAAGAAAUGAUGACACUCACAGAGCAGCAUCUGGAAUCUCAGAACGUGACCAAAGGAGCAAGGCACAAAAUUGCCCUGAGUAUCCAGAAGUUGCGAGAAAGGCAGAGUGUGUUGAAGUCUCUGGAGAAGGACAUCCUGGAAGGCGGGAACUUGUGGAAUGCUCUCCAAGAACUGCAGCAGAUUGUCAUCACCCCCAUCAAAGCCUUCCAUGCCCUGCAGGCCACGGCAGCAUCCAAGGAGGGCCCGCCGCUGGCAGCGGAACAGCAGCACGGAGCCCCUGCCCUGGGCUUGGAGAAGAGCGGGGGCCCUGAGGACAAGGAGCCCACCCCAGAUGCCUUCCCACCCUCAACGGGCUCCCCUUGUGAUGGGGAAUCGGGGGCCGCGCCUAUCGCCGAAGGGGACAUCCCCGGGCAAUUCACCCGGGUGAUGGGCAAAGUGUGUACGCAGUUGCUGGUCUCCCGGCCCGAUGAGGAGAAUAUCACCAGUUACCUACAGCUUAUAGAGAAAUGCCUGAUGCAUGAGGCAUUCACAGAGACACAGAAGAAGCGGCUCUUGUCUUGGAAGCAGCAGGUGCUGAAGUUGCUCCGGACCUUUCCCAGGAAGGCUGUGCUGGACAUGCAAGGUUACCGCCCGCAGAAGGGAUGGGCUUUCGGUUCCAACUCCCUCCCCAUAGCUGGCUCUGUGGGGGUCGGGGUGGCCCGCCGAGGACAGCGGCAGUUCCAGAUGCCCCCCCGCGCCAUCCCUCCCAGCCGCUUGGGGAUCCUGAGCCCCGCAGGGAUCGGAGGGGUCUCCCCCCGCCACGCGCUCGCCAGCCCAAACCUGGGGAGCCAAGGGCGGCAGAACCUGUGGUUUGCCAACCCCGGGGGCAGUAACAGCAUGCCUGGCCAGAGCCGCAGUUCUGUGCAACGGACCCAUUCGCUCCCCGUCCACACCUCCCCUCAGGCCAUCCUCAUGUUCCCGCAGGAUUGCCAGCUCCCUGGGACGGACCUGGAGAUCAACCCCACGCUGGAGUCCCUGUGCCUCAGCAUGACGGAGCAUGCGCUGGGCGACGGCACCGACAAGACCUCCACCAUUUGAACGAAGAAGCUGGAUCUGCUCGCGUUCCUGAGGAGAAGCUUUAGGGUGGCUGUUUAUUUUUUUCCCCCUUUUCGUUUUGUUUCCCCUUCUGCCCCCAGGACACGUCGCUUGGGAGGCUGGGCGAACCCACUUCUUCUCUCUCUCCUUGCCUCCCUCCCUUCAAACCACCUCCAGUCUUCCCUCGUAGACGGAGGGGACAAAAAGCUGUCACUACAAUCUUACCAUCUUAUUAUUGUGUUCUAAGAUUUUUCUACUUUUUAUUAUUAUUAUUAUUGUUAUUAUUAUUAUUAUAACUUCAGCUAUUGGUUUAAUUUUUUGAUGUACACGGGAGCUGACAGAUAUUUUUGUUUUCGUUUUCUCUCGCUUUUCCCCCAGACGUUUAAACUUGCCAAGGGGCAGGAGAAGGCUGGAUUUGGGCCGUGUAAUUAUUCCUUUCCCUUUGUCCAUUUAUUAUUAUUAUUAUUAUUAUUAUUAUUGUGUGGUCGAAGGCUUUCAUGGCCGGAAUCACUGGGUUGCGGUGCGUUUUCCAGGCUGUAUGGCCAUGUUUUAGAAGCAUUCUCUCCUGGCGUUUCACCCAGAGGUUGUGAGGUUUGGAUGCCUGCCAUAGAUGUGGGUGAAACGUCAGGAGAGAAUGCUUCUGGAAUGUAGCCAUACAGCCCGGAAAACUCACAGCAACCCAAAUAUUAUUAUUUCUUUCGUCUCUCAGCCUUCUGUGACCCCAACCCACCUUUUUUUUUCCUUUUCCUCCUUUUUUUUUGUUCUUUUUCAUUUUGAAAAAAAAAGGAAAUAAGGGGGAAUGAUAUGCAGAAGGGGAAAUAAGGGAGUAUGAUAUGCAGACGAUACUUGCUAUCGAUGGCAAGGAUAUAACGGCAGAAGCCAGAGGAGAAAAUGGUGGGGAAGGGAUGACGAUAAUAAGGUGGGGAUGCAGCAAGUUGUACAGGUAACUGACAAAUAUUUUUUAAGAAGUGCCUCUAAAUAUUUCUUCUUACCCAAAGCAAGUUGGCAGGACAAAACAUAGCAGGUGCCCAGGCAUCACAUUGAACAGCCAUCGGGUCUCCUUCGUUUCUUUUUUCCGGAGAGCAGAUGCAAACGGGGCCUGCAGUGCAAAGAUGGCCUCCAAACUUUCCCCUAUUAAUAAGAAUUAACUCUGAUUUUCGAGAGAGGAAAGAGGUUAUCUGUAUAGUUUCAUUGAAGCAGUUUGAAUGGGUGAUGUUUGUUUUUUUUGUAGGGCUCAGUUUUGGGGUUUUGGGAGCCAAAGUUCUCAGUUGAGCUGGUUUAAGGUUCCUUUUUUUCCAUUCACCCCAAUAAUGAAAAGAUACGGGGAUGACUAUAAGCGGCUUUCGAAGGCUUAAGUCAUGAAUUUCCAAUUUUUAAGGGGGCUUGUUCCUCGAGAUUGUGGUUUGCGGAGCCAGCAAAGCCUUGCGGAAAUGUCGAGCUGUCCUAGACGGCAGUUUCUUUAAGCAUUUGGCUUCAUGGUGCUAAUGAAUUGACUGUCUCACUUUUAAUAUCUUGAAUAAAGAGGAAGCUAAAGCAAUGGUCCCCAAAGUUCGGUCUUGUGAGCGUUUUGGACUCCAGCUCUUCGAGUUCCCAAAUGCUGGCCAGUCUAGGAUCCAAAACACCCAAAAGGACUGGAUUUUGGGAAAUGUUGAUCUAAUGCAUGGAGGCAAAGCGAUCCAGAAACCCCAUUGCCUUUUAACAGGGAGGGAAUUUUGGGGAAUACUUUCCCCAAAGUAUUGAUUCAUGCAAGAGAAUCCAACAUGAAUUGGGAUCGCUUGCUUUUUAAAAACAAAACACUACAAAACGCUUGCCUCCGUCAUCUUAUCUUCCUCCAAAUCUUACCUUUUUUUCUGCAACUCCUUGUUGCAGAAAGGAGGAAAAUAGCCACACUUCUCUUUUUUGCCCCCAAGUCUUUUAUUUUUUGGAUAUUAGGUCAAACUUCAAUGCCCUGCAAAGUUGAACAAGGCCUGGAACAGGAAUCCAGGAGCGUAGGGAGGGAUUCCUGUUGCCAAAAAUUCUCUUUUUUGCCCCCAACUCUUUUAUUUUUGGAUAUUAGGUCAAACCUCCAUGCCCUGCAAAGUUGGACAUGGCCUGGAACAGGAAUCCAGGAGCGUAGGGAGGGAUUCCUGUUGCCAAAAAUUCUCUUUUUUGCCCCCAACUCUUUUAUUUUUGGAUAUUAGGUCAAACCUCAAUGCCCUGCAAAGUUGGACAUGGCCUGGAACAGGAAUCCAGGAGCGUAGGAAUGCCCAACGUGAAUCCUUGGGUGCGUCUACACUCUCGAAAUGAACACAGUUUGACACCACUUUGCUAUGGAACCAGAGGUUGCAAUGUGGCGAAUGGAGCCUUCUCUGCCGAAUAGCGAUUGUGUCUCACCAAAAUACUGCGGGAUUGUAGUUUGGGGAGGCAAGAGAAGGUUCAAGGCCUUGCAAAACAAAAGGCUUACAUGCUUGGGUUGCUGUGAGGUUUCCGGGCUGUAUAGCCAUGUUCUAGAAGCAUUCUCUCCUGACAUUUCGCCCAUGUCUAGGUUGUGAGGUCUCUGAGGAUGCCUGCCAUAGAUGUGAGCAAAACGUCAGGGAGGAAUGCUUCUGGAACAUGGCCCUACAACCUCAGCAACCCAAUGAUUCCGGUUUCCGGGCUGUACGGCCAUGUUCCAGAAGCAUUCUCUCCUGACAUUUCGCCCACGUCUAUGACAGGCAUCCUUAGAGGUUGUGAGGUCUCUGAGGAUGCCUGCCAUAGAUGUGAGCGAAACGUCAGGAGAGAAUGCUUCUGAAACCUGGCCAUACAACCACAGCAACCCAAUGAUUCCGGCCAUGAAAGCCUUCAACAACUCCUCUAUCAUUAAGCUAUUAAAGUGGUGUCGAUCUGCAUUAUUUCAGCAGUGGAGAUUCACCCAAGGAUUGCUGUUGGCAAAGGGGAAUCCAGAGGUGCGUCUACGCUUUGGAACAGAUCCAGUUUGGCACCUGCCUUGACUCAGUGCUUGGGAGUUGUCUAAAGAGUUCUGGUGCCUCCCUGAACUACAAUUCCUACUUUGCUGAGACGCAACUCUCUCUUUGGGCAAACUACGACUCCACUGGAUUGUAUCGCCUUGAGCUAAGUUGGUGCCAAACUGUAUUAAUUCCAACAGUGUAGAUCAGGCAUGGGCAAACUUUGGCCCUCCGGAUGUUUUGGACUCCAACUCCCACCAUUCCUAGCAGCCGCAGGCUGCUAGGAAUGGUGGGAGUUGGAGUCCAAAACAUCCGGAGGGCCAAAGUUUGCCCAUGCCUGGUGUAAAUGCACCCUAAUGCAUGGAUCCUUUCGACACCAAGAAUCUUAGAUCAAAGCUGGUUUUGAUUGAACCAAAAGUUUGCCAGGUUUGUUUUUAUUUUUCCUGCAAGAUUACAAACGGAGAGAAGUUUGCUGGGUCUUUCUUACCUCCAAAUCUAUUUUGCCUUUGUGCGUAUGUGUGCAUUGUGUGUGUGCCUGUAUACACAUUGUGCAUGUGAAUGCUCUUUUUUCCCAGACCCAUUUUUCUCCAAAUUUUUAGAUCAUUUCUGCCCCAAAGCCUGUUAGGUACAGAGCGAUGUUCUUCUUCCUCCUCCUCCUCCUCUUCUUCCAGAACUGGCCUUUUUUUUUCCAAAGUGUAUACCGAACAGUAGCAUCCAAAAAAACAAAAAAGAGAAAAAUUUACAAACAAACAAAAAUUUAAUGAUAAUAAUAAUUCCAGAACAGAAAGAAAAAAAAAUACAAACACGGAGAGAAACUAUUUCUAAUAGGUAGAAAAUACAAGGUUCCUGUUUCAAAUAGAAAUGUUAUUUUAGAUACAUUUUAUUAUGAAUAACUUUUGUUAUGACUAUGGCUGGUAACCAUGAAUACGUUAUUUAAAAAAAAAACACAAAAAAUGUUUUACAAAAAAAAUAAUAAUUCCAGAUUCUGACUUUAGAUUGCUUUGUUGGACUCCUUUGCUGCUUUUCCCCCCCUCCACCUUACCUUUUCCAGUUAUUCGGGGGGUUUGUUUUUGCUUUGUAAAAGGCAUACAGAAUUUAAGUAUUAGCCCUUUUUUAUUAACCUCUAUGAUAAAGCUGUGCUUAUUUUGUAUUAA